AUGCCGUCCUACACGAUUAUAGUAAUCUAUGACGGCGAUAUGCCACUGGACGCAUUGGACCGAGAGGAGCUGAUGGAGCGCUGGGAGUGGAGGCUCCUCAGUUUCGACAGGCGUGUUCCCUCUAAGGAUGAUCCACGUCGUGCCCAGGCAGAACAAACAGGAUUGCUGACCAGUCUCGAUAAAGUCAUCGAGUUGGGAGCAGCUUUCUGUCGCCUCAACGGCAUGUACAUCAGCGAGGGGGGUAUCAUGCAAGCUCUAGAGCGCAUGCUAACCGACAUCGAGUGCGAUGGCGCUAUGGUUGAACACAAUGGCUGGCAGCCUGAGGAGGGAAGCAAAGGCAACGCCGAGGCCAAGGAUGACUCAGAGGUUCACGGUGAGAGUUCGGCAAGCUUGAAGGAUACUUGUACAAAGUAG